UUUUCGUCAUGUUCAGACACACACUUUAGCACUUGCAUGCCAUUUCCCAAUAACAAAGUCUCUAUCCUUUAUAGUUUAUUCUUUUUCUUUUCUCUCCUUUUUUUUUUUUCCAAAUUUUAGGGGUUUUUUUUUUUUUGAAAUGUUGAUUUACGAUGUCACAAUCUGAAGAAACCACUCACACCGAUUCCGCCCUUCUGAGUUUAGGGCUUAACUCGACCGAUCCGACUCCGAUUCCCCUCGACGAGUCACCGUCUGAUCUCAAUCACUCGGUUAAGGAAACCGACCACCACGAAAACAAUCUCGAACAGCAGCUGAAUAACCUCGAUUUGAAGGAAGAGGACGAGGAGAAAGAUGAGGUAGAGACACAAAACGACGUUGAAGAGGAGGAGGACAUAAUCGAGAAUGAGAAUGAUGAUGAUGUGAAGAAGGAUGAAGAAAGGAGGACAAUUUAUCCGGUGAGACCGGAAGCAGAGGACUGUGCUUAUUAUAUGAAAACCGGACUUUGCAAAUUUGGAUUCAAUUGCAAGUUCAAUCACCCUGUUCGAAGGAAGAACCAGGCUGUUAAGGAAAAGGAUGAAUCAACAGAGAAAACAAACCAACAAGAAUGCAAGUACUACCUAAGAACUGGUGGAUGUAAGUUUGGGAAGGCUUGCAGAUACAACCACUCAAAACAAAAUUCUUCAGUGAGUCCUAUCUUAGAGCUUAACUUUCUGGGGCUGCCCAUCCGAAAGGGAGAGAAAGAGUGCCCCUAUUACAUGCGUAAUGGGUCCUGCAAGUAUGGAGCCAACUGCAGGUUUAAUCAUCCUGAUCCUAAACUUGCUGGAGCUUGUGAACCACCUUCAGGAUACGGUAAUGGUGGAUCUGUUUCAUUGCAAGCUGCGUCACAAGUGAAUAUGGUAUCCUGGUCAGCACCAAUGACAUUAAAUGAUAGUGCUGCCUAUUUGCCAAUUAUGUUUUCACCAACUCAAGGUGUUCCACCUCCAAAUCCAGAAUGGAAUGGGUAUCAGACAACUCUAUAUCCGCCACUGGAAAGGGGUUUGCAUCCAACUCCAGCGUAUGUAAUGAGCAACCCAUCAACUGAAACCACUGCCUAUACUCAUCAUCAGCUACAGAUGGUGGUUGAUGAUUUCCCUGAACGGCCUGGCCAACCCGAGUGCAGUUACUUCCUCAAAACUGGGGACUGUAAGUUCAAAUCUAAUUGCAAAUAUCAUCAUCCAAAAAAUCGUGUUCCAAAGCCAACUCCAUGUGCUCUCAGCGACAAGGGCUUGCCAUUGAGACCCGAUCAAAGCAUCUGCUCAUACUAUAGUCGAUACGGCAUUUGCAAAUUUGGGCCAGCCUGUAAAUUUGACCAUUCAAUACAGGCAACUCCUCCAACAGUGUCUGGACUAGAUCAGCCUCGACCGUUCAGCCAUUCCACCGCUACAGAACAAGCUGGAAUUGCCAGAAGCAACCGUGCUGAUACCGCAGUUCAGCAGUCUGUGUAAAACAAGGAUUCUUCGAUCAAAGGUCCAUACCGCUUAGAUCUCUCACAUUAUUAUCAAGGAUUCUGAAUUUUCCCUUUUUUUCAACCGGAAAAGUCAAUUCGACCCUCUUUCUUCGUGUUUCGGUAGCCAUAAACUUUUCAGGGAAUGUCAUUAUAUAUUAACAGUAUAUACUUAAAUGUAUUGUUUUUGCUAGUGCUAGUGCUUGAAGCUGAAAAUGAAAUCCAGAAAAAUGUAAAUUAUGGCAGAUUUUUCACGUUAUCUUAGGAACUAAUGCAAGUGAAAGUUUGAACA